CGUCGACGGAGAAUCUCAGUGACUCGUCGCGCGACUCUUUCCAGAGCGCUGCGAUGUUGACCCCCAUGUUGAGCUUUCUGGAGGCGUCGGGCUCGCCCCCGCUCGCCGCGCUUCACUCCAUGACCGAGAUGAAGAACGGGCACCCUUCUUCCGCCAACCCGCACGGGAUAGAGCACAUCCUCUCCCGGCCGACCAACGUGGCUCGCGGGUUCAACGUCGGGAUGGCAGCGGCGGCAGGCAUGGCAGCGGCCAGCUACUACAAACACCACACACACCCUCUGGCAGAGCUGACGGGCCGUGGCGGCAUCUACUGGCCUGGACUGCAGGGCCUUGUCAGCAACCCCAUGGCCUGGCGGGACCGUCUAGCGAACAUGUCAGCGGCAGCGGCGGAGAAGGACGGCAAGAAGAAGCACACGAGGCCGACGUUCAGCGGGCAGCAGAUCUUCGCGCUGGAGAAGACAUUUGAGCAGACCAAAUACUUGGCAGGCCCCGAACGAGCCAAACUGGCGUACGCGCUGGGCAUGACGGAGUCACAGGUUAAGGUGUGGUUCCAAAACAGGCGAACGAAGUGGAGGAAAAAGCACGCGGCAGAGAUGGCGACGGCGAAGCGCAAACAGGAGGAGGCAGAAGAGAGCGAGGAGGAGAGCGACCUGAGGAACACCGCAGCGAAGAGGUUGAGACAAGAACUGGCAUCUCAUUGUGGCAACCCCGCCAUCUAGCAUCCGAUCUGGCCGUCGUCCCAGCGGACCUCGGAGUAGACCUCGGAGGCGGGCCUCGGUUUGCGGCCUCCGCGCGGUGGUAUACAUAGACAACAGUGCGGCAACGGCAGCGGCAGUGGUACCGAGUGACGUCAUCGGGCCAUCAUCAAUCGUACAGAAUAUUCUCGACCCGUUCAAUGGAGAGAAAGUUUUAGUAAAAAGCAAUUCGCCAAGCUUCAUAAAAAGUAUUGUGCUGUCCGACAAGAAAAGAAACUGUAUUGAAUUCAAAUAAUGUUGACAAAUCAUUUGCCAUAUAAAAUUUGUAAACUAAACAUCCCCUUGCACAUAAAAUAGUAUAUAAAUUUAUGUCUACACAGAGGAGAGUAUCAGUUAAAUUCCCUGUACUUUUGGAAUUCUUGGAAUUUUAGACUCCCUUUUUUGGAAAAACAAAUAAGGUUUGUUAUUUCCUAUGAAGAUUAAAUUGUUUUUAUUUAUAUGAUUUUGAAACUUAUAGAAUUCAUUAUUGCAAUUAAUAAAAUAUUGUACUGACACAGUGAAAGAUCGUAUUUAGUUGUUUUACUAACAUUCAAAAAUUUAUAGUUCCAAUAAUAUAUUAGGGAAACGUAAAGACAGCAACAUUUUGUUCAGAGUUUGUCGGAAUGUUGCUUGUACAGGUUUACAAACUGCUUCUAGAAAUGUCACGGAACACAAAAUAUUGGUGAUUGGAUCCCGAAACAGUAUUGCCAACUGCUGACACUAUUCAGUACUAAAGUGCGACAUGUAAUACGGCAGGACUGAGCAUCCAAAUGAACCGCCUUUUGUACUUUGUAAGCUCUUCAAUGUUAAGUAUUGUAUUAUAAUGUGUAAAUAGUAUAUAAGAUUAUUUAAUAUGGAUUAUAGUAUAUUAUUUAUCAUAGUUUUAAUAUAACCUACCCUGUAUACGUUAUAAAUAUGCGUUAUGGUUUAUUGGUAAGAUUUUCUGCUGUAGAGAUGAAUCUAUGUAAAGUUUGUAUAAUUUAUACUGUAACUUCCGCGAAAUUAGCUUUAAACUUGGACAGAAACAAAAGCUAUUUGUAUAAAUAUUCUUGAAUUGUCAAUGAAUAAAAUGAUAUAUUAUAACCCUUUGUAACUGUUAUUGUUUUAUACAGUUGUAUCAGUUUAAUAAAUGUUUUUGUUAUGUAAAUUAAUUAUAAACUUGAAGAUUUGCUUAUAUGAACAUCUGAAGAUAGUAACGUAGUGGAUCAUAAAUUUUAACUAAACAUGAAAAAUAAAAUGGCUCAUCAAUAAUAUUUUAUAAUUUUUAUUUCAAGUUCAAGAUCUCAACGCAUAGUCAAUUAUCGAUGUUACAUUAUAGAAGAUAGGUUUGGAUGUUCAAUUUCACUUUUACAGUGAAUAGGUUCUUGUUAUAAUUUCCGAACACAAUAUUACAAAUUAUUAUUUCACAAGAAUUGUCCAAAAUCUUCGUAAAUCAGAAGGAAACGUUAAGAAACAAAUUUCGCCACUGAAACUUUGAUUUGUUACUUCAUUUUUUUGUUUAAUUAGUUGCUUUAUACAGAAUAUUUCUGGACUGAAUGGUACACUAAUGAUAUCCUAGUUCUUAGCCUUACAAGGUCAGUGUUAUGGCUACCCUCUUAGUUUUUCAAAUCAUACCGCGUCAGGAUAUUGCUGUGUGAGUUUAACACAUUUUGUCUAAAGAUGACACUGAAGUUAGGUCUAAUAUUUCAAGACCUUAACCGUAGCUUAGGGCUAAGGCUGCUACAUUCGAAACUAGAUGUCACAGGUUUAGUUUCCUGGGAGGUCAACAUGAAUUUGUAAGUGGGUUUGGAUCAUUUAAUGUAAUUACCAAAAUGCCAUUGUCUUAGAAAUAAUUCCCUUAAAAAGAAAAUAAUUGUGUUGACAAUGUUUUGACGCUGUGUGGAAAAAUUAGAAGGUAGUCAAAUCAAAGUUACUUUGUACUGAGAUGACGACAGUGUUCUGAAUUUUCAUUUUUGUAAGUACAUGCAAAUAAAUAGUCUACUAGUAGAUGUUCCAGUUUCGAAGACAAAUCACUUGUAACCACAGAAGACGAACUGAUAGCUUAUUUCUAGGUGAUAUUUUCUAUUUUUGUUACCAAAGAUUUGUUUGCUAUGUAAAUAGUAGGUGAUGUGUUACUAUAGCAAUACCAGCUGUCUGUCUGGCUUUCGACAGGCACAGCCCUUGUAAAAUAAAUCCGUUAUUGGCCAUA